GGAGGAGACCAAACGACUGAGACAGCGUGGGAGGGGAGGUGCAGAAGAGAGACAGAGAGGUGGGGACCAGGGAGAGUGAUCUCACAUAAGACCACAAGACAGGGCACUCAGCAGUCCCCAGAGACCCCAGCGUCUCCCCAGACAUUCUGCUAUCUUCGACCUCGGGUUGCUGAGAGCCCAGCCUGAUGCAGGCAGCCUGGCUUUUCGGGGCCCUGGUGGUCCCCCAUCUCUUGGGCUUUGGCCACGGUGCUCAGGGAACAGUGAAGGAGUGGGAGGGGGGUUGGGACGAUGCCCUGGAGGAGGAGCAGGAGAGGGAGGCCCUGAUGCUCAAGCAUCUGCAAGAGGCCCUGGGACUGCUGGCUGCCAGGGAAGCCGAGAAUCCUGCUGCAACUUUUGGACACACAGGGACCUGGGGGACCGAGGAGACCCAGGGGGACGAAGAGAAGGAGGAGGAAGCAACACUAAGGGCCAGUCCCAGCCCCAGCCCCAGCCCCAGCCCCAGCCCCAGCCCCAGCCCCUCUCCCACCCCCGAGGACGCCAUCACUUAUGUAUUGGGCCGUCUUGCCAGCCUAGACACAGGCCUGCACCAGUUGCACGUCCGUUUGCACGUUUUGGAUACCCGCGUGGUUCAGCUAACCCAGGGGCUGCGGCAGCUACAGGAUACGGUACGCAACACCCGCGACACCGUGGAAAUCCUACAGCAGGCGCAGGGCCGCGCUGAGCGUCUGCACGGCCGCCUGGAGGGCUGCCUGAAGGGGCUGCGCCUGGGCCACAAGUGCUUCCUGCUCUCGCGCGACUUCGAGGCACAGGCGGCUGCGCAGGCGCGGUGCGCGGCGCGGGGCGGGAGCCUGGCGCAGCCGGCAGAUCGCCAGCAGAUGGAAGCGCUCACGCGCUACCUACGCGCGGCGCUCGCUCCCUACAACUGGCCAGUAUGGCUGGGCGUGCACGACCGGCGCGCGGAAGGGCUCUACCUCUUCGAGAACGGCCAGCGCGUAUCCUUUUUUGCCUGGCACCGCGCGCCGAGCCCCGAGCCGGGCGCCCACCCCAGUUCUGCGCCGCACCCGCUCAGCCCCAACCAGCCCAACGGUGGCGUGCUGGAGAACUGCGUGGCUCAGGCCUCAGACGACGGCUCCUGGUGGGACCACGACUGCGAGCGGCGCCUCUACUACGUCUGCGAGUUCCCUUUCUAGCGGGAGCGGGGUGUCUGCCUGCUGCGUGCACUGCACCUCCAAUUGCGCUCAUCCCCUCAGGCCCGCCGCGGAAGUGCACCCCACCUUCGGCUUGGCUGGGCGCUCCCGGGAGGGCUCUGGCGGGACCAGGACCCUUUGCGUUCUCCUGCCUUUCCUGGAAGUGCCAGCAGUAGCUAGGACAGGAGCCAAUAAAGCCUUGUGGAAUCUGA